AUGGGAAAGCAUACUCAUGAAACUAUUGACUUGUUCACUACUUCGAAUACCAGUCUUACAAAAUGUGGCAAAGUGUUCACAGUUGUUUUCAACAAGGUCAUAGCGGCCGAAACAACUUUUCUUGUGGAGCACAUUAGCGAUUUCCACCACGGUUUCGGGUGGAAAACAUUUGGAGCUGCUGCAUGUGCCACUUCUUUUGAACUUUUUAACGAACGAGGAUUCUUGGUAUUGAUAAAUGCGGAGGGAAUCGCUGGAAAGGGCACCGUUCGAUACGAAGCAAUCGACGCAGCUAAUGGCCGGACUGCACGUCAUGUUGCAGUCAUAAGUGGACAGGGAAAAACGGUCAGGCGCAUUUUAGAGAUGCCAAGGCUUGUUGGCAUUACAAAUGAAAAAGAUAACGAAGGAAACACAGCUCUGCAUCUGGCAGUCAUUUACAAGAGAGAUAAUAUCAUCAGAAUUAUUGCACGAAACCGAGAAAUGGAGAGCGCCAUGGUGAAUAACAAUCGCUUUACUGCUUAUGACAUUUUCUCUCGUCAACCAAGAAAGCUUUGUUUUUCAGUCGCAAAGAUUCAUUAUCUGCUGCAGGGAAGCCAUGGACUACCAGCCUUGCAAGAGUGGAUUAGCACAAAUCUAAGAAGAGAAAUGAUUGGAGAAACAGAUGAGGACAUGAACAUCUUGUUUUCCAGAGGGAAAGAACAAGAAACGGACACCUCAACCGCUACACAUGAGGCUUCUGAUGAAACAGAGAAGAGAAGUAGACUUGAAAUCCAUCUCUUGAUAGCAAUGCUCAUUGCCACUGUCACAUUUCAAGCAGCCUUCACAAUGCUUGGCGGCUAUAAACAAGAUGGUCCUGAUGAAGGCACGGCACAAUUCGUACACAAGGCAGCCUUCAUAGUAUUUAUAAUAUUCAACACCAUUGCAUUUAUUUUCUCAAUUGCCACAGUUUACAUCCAAUUCACAACUUCUAAAUUCAGCUACAACCUGCGCUCCAGAUACGCGUGUCUGGCAGAGGCUAUGAUUUUCAUAGCUGUUCUUGGAAUGGUACUAGCAUUUGCUUCUGGCAUGUAUUUGGAGCUUGCAACCUCCAUUGGCCUGCGCCUGAUAGCUUAUAUAAUGGUGGGCUGCUUCUUGUUAAUUUACUAUGCAUGCUGGUUUGUUGAUCCAAUUAGCAUGCAAAUUCCAGGACUUCAACUUCCAAGCAAAUACCUUAGGGACUUGCUAUUUCGUUAUGGGAUUAUCUGA